UAUUUAGCAUCAGCUGGUAUCGUCCAACCACUAGCGUCGUCGUCAGUUCUUGCGAUCGUGAUCAUUUAAUAUUUGAAUAUGUAUAAACGCGGUGCGUUGAUAGUUUUAGAAGGUUGUGAUCGGGCAGGUAAAUCGACCCAAGUGAAGAUGCUGAUGAAUGCGUUGAACGAUCUGCGGAUCCCUGCGAAGGCCCGGGCAUUUCCAAAUAGAAAGACUCCUGUUGGAACUAUUUUAAAUAGUUUCUUAUCAAAAGAGAUAAAUAUGCCACCAGAGGCUGCUCACUUAUUGUUUUCUGCUAAUCGCUGGGAGUGUAAGGAGGAUAUGGAGAAGACGCUUCGAUCCGGUACUACUCUAGUGAUAGACAGAUACGCAGCUUCUGGCACUGUGUAUACAGCAGCUAACACCGGCAGAAGUCUUAGCUGGUGUCAGCAGGCUGAUUUAGGUCUUCCAAAGCCGGACUGUGUAGUGUUUCUCAAGGUAUCUAAACAACAGCAAGAACUGCGUGGUGACUGGGGGAAGGAAAGGUUUGAGCAUGACGAAUUUCAACAGCGUGUCAAUGCUAAUUAUGAAAAAUUAAGAGACGACACUUGGGUUAUUAUAAACGCUGAUCAAGACGAAUCAGCAGUGCAUGCUGAAAUAUUACAAAAAACAUUGUCUGUUAUUCAAGACGUUCAAUAUCAUAGUAUAGAAUUACUAGGUGACUGAAAAAAAUGUUAAUAAGUCUGCAUGUGUUCCUACCUCAGCAAAUUACUACAUUAAUAAGUAUUUGCUAUUCUUUUUUAAUAAAAUCUUGAUUAUACAAUAAAUACA